GUUAAAAUGUGAUAAAUGCUACAAAGGGUUUGCUAUGGAGAAGAGCUUUAAACAGCAUAUGGCUAGACAUGAUGUGAGCCGCGGCGAGUUCGAGUGUGAGAUCUGCGGGUUUCGCUUCAAGAACCGCCGCCGAGUAUUGGCGCAUGCGCGAGAGUACCACGUGUUCAACUAUACUUGCAAGAUUUGCAAGAAGACGUACAAGAACCCGCAUUGGGCAAGGUUUCACUACAAAAUGCAUCAAGGGGAGAAACCGACGUGUAAGCAAUGCGGCGAACAAUUCGCGCACCCUUCCGUACUUCAACUCCACGUCCGCAAAGAACACGGCUCUGCACGGUGCCCCAUCUGCAACAUCGUUUGUGCCAAAGCCGCUUCGGUGCAACAGCAUAUUGCUUUAGUGCAUAAGGUGCAACAGGUGUGCUGUGAAAAGUGCGACGUGAGAUUUGAAUCGCAAGAAGCGCUGACGAGGCAUCUGGAAGAUUCCACAGACAAAACAUGCAGUAAGGAUAAAAAGCCGUGUGGCACUUGUGGCGAUAGCUUCUCAACGGAGGAGUCGUUCGAGAAACAUAAACAGUUCUGCACGCCGCCACCGCCCCCGAAGAAGGAUUACAAAUGCCAACAGUGCUUCCGCCCCUUCGCGUCAGCACAGAGCCUACGUAAUCAUAUGAACUACUACCACAAACGGGACCCUGUGACCAACAAGUGCAUGGAACCGGGAAUGAAAAAGCGCGGGCGCAAGAAAGGAAGCAAAGUCGACAAGACCGCACCUCCUAAAACAAACUACGGCUAUCCAACGCUUAUGUGCGAGAUUUGUGGGAAGAACAAUUUCAAGUUCAAAUCCGCGCUUCGGGUCCACCAGAGCACGCAUUCACGAGAGCGGCCGUUCAAAUGCGACGUUUGCGACAAAAGCUUCAAGCUGCAGAUGCACCUGAAGCUCCAUAUGGCAGUUCACACCGGUGAGAAGAGAUACGAAUGCACCGUCUGCGCUAAGAAGUUUAGACAACAUGCACAUUUAGCGCAACACAUGGUCCUUCACACGAACGAGAUGCCCUUCUCCUGCGAGCUUUGUGGCAAGAGGUUCCGCUUCCAAGGAAGCCACUGGCAGCACAUGAGAGCACAUGAAGGAAUUCAUCGCGCUAGAGCAAACCCACGAAGCAAAUAUAGUUAUAACAUUGCCGAAGAUACGUUUGACUCCUUAUAAAAUACAAUACAAAUACGUUUCUUAUAAACGGCAUUCAACCUGAGCCAACAAAAAUCUUCCAUAGUAUAGAGACACUGCAUACAUCGCACGCACGCAAAUUCAUUGCUUAGUUUUUACAAGUACCGGCACGCUAUGAUGGCCGUUUUGACAGAUUAUAAUAAUGAGGUCAAAUCUCAAUUAAUUACCGAAAAAAAUAUAAUCAAAUGCGAGUCGU